AUGAGCCUCCGCCUGCCUCUAUGCCAUCCCCUCCCCCCGGUGACGAGCUCUGAUGGUACAAGGGACCAAUUCUACGAGGACCUGCACGUCCUCCUCGCGUCUGCGCCGAAGGCGGAUAAGUUGAUCGUCCUUGGUGACUUCGGCGCCCAUGUCUUCACAUAUCAUGCUUCCUGGAGAGGAGUGCUGGGUCGCUAUGGUCUCGACGGCUCCAGUGACAAUGACCUGCUUCUCAUACGAACUUGCGCGGAAAACCUGCUCACCCUGACCAACACCUAA